AAACACAGGAACUACAGUAGAGGCAUUUAUCUUCCUCUGCGGCUUCAAAAUCCACCGGGAACGAUGCCCAUAAAUCUCAACAUAGGAAUUCUUGGGCAUGUUGAUUCUGGCAAGACGACUCUGGCCAGAGCCCUCAGUGCCAUAGCCAGUACCGGGGCAUUUGACAAGAGUCCUCAGUCCCAGGAAAGAGGAAUUACCUUGGAUUUGGGCUUCAGUGCUCUGCAAAUCUCAAUUCCGGAUCACCUGAAGGAUGCUGCAAAGUCUGAAGAGAAACUUCAGUAUACUUUUGUGGAUUGUCCUGGGCAUGCAAGCCUUAUCCGGACAAUAAUCAGUGGAGCUCAGAUAAUCGACUUUAUGAUUCUGGUCGUGGAUAUUGUCAAGGGUCUUCAGACUCAAACGGCAGAGUGCAUAGUAAUCGGGCAGCUGACUUGCAAGAAGAUGCUAGUGGUCCUGAACAAGAUAGAUCAGCUAGAGGAGAAGAAGAAGCAGCAAGAGAUUGAGAAGAUGACGAAGAAAAUGAAGAAGACACUGGAAAAUUUGGAUAUUCGAGGAUGUCCAGUGGUUCCGGUUUCUGCAUCAACUGGAGAGAAUCUUCAGCUUCUGCUUGACGCCAUUGGGGAAUUUUCUUUUAUUCCUCAGAGGGAGUCUGAGAAACCUUUCCUCUUUGCUGUAGAUCAUUGUUUUAGUACUCGUGGCCAGGGGACGAUUUGCACAGGAACCGUACUCCAGGGAAGCGUCAGGGUUGGGGAUGAGGUUGAAGUGGCACAGUUGAAGCUCUCCCGGAAAGUGAAAACUAUCCAGAUGUUCAGGACUCCUCUGCAAGAAGCCAAACAGGGUGAUAGAAUAGGGAUCAGCAUAACUCAGUUUGAUGCAAAAUCUCUGGAGAGAGGCUUUAUCUGCCGUCCUGGAAGUGUCAUCCAAUGCCGCUGUGGGAUUAUCAAAUUAUCCCGGAUCUCCUUCUAUCGCUCAUCGAUAGCGUCCAACACAAAAUUCCAUAUAACCGCUGGGCAUGAGACAAUCCUGGCCAGUGUUCUCUUAUUCUCGGGAUAUUCAAAGUUUGCCUUUGAGGAAGAGUACAGAUUUGUUGAAGUCAAUCAGGAUGAAGAUUCAAAGGACGAAAACAUUUUUGUACUGCUGCAGUUUAAGAGACCUAUUUCUGUGAUCCCUGGUAUCCUGGUUAUUGCUUCUAAAUUGGACCUAGAUGUCGCCACUACCUCCUGCAGGCUUGCCUUCUACGGGAAGCUUCUGGAAGCGACGGAAGACAAAGACUUCCAAACAAAUUUCCUACCGCGACUGAAGAUCUUCAAGGAAAAAACAAAGAAAGGAACAAUUCAGAGGGUCGUUAACAAUUCCGAAGCAAUUGCAGCUAAUCUUCUAAAGCCCGGAAGCCGGGAAGUCUUCAUAGGGAUGCACAUCCAACUGUCAACGGGGGAAAAAGGAACAAUCGAAAGUACCUUCGGUCAAACUUCGAAGGUGAAACUUCGAUUCCAGGAACCCCUUCCUCAAUCAACAAUUGACAGCCUGAAAAGCAAAUCCUGUCCAAUUUCCGUUGAACUCCAUUUCAAGAAGUACAUCUUCGAUCGCCAAAAGAAAAUACGCCAAUAAGGGUAAGUUAUAAUUGUAUUUCCAUGUCUAUAAUCAUUCUACAAUAAAUACUCAUAAUGCUGGAUUUAUUAUGUACAGAGGUUCAAAAGUAAAUGACUAGUUUUUCAUAAUCGGUCCCCGUAAAAUCUUUGAAAAUAUCUCUGAACUUUUUUUUGGAAUUUUUUCUUCUAAUUCAAACUCUGAGAAUUGUUUUCUACGUCUUUUUUUUAUAUCAGGAAGAAUUAUUUCGUUUGAGUUCACCAUUAUUCUCUUUUUUUUAAAUACAUUUAAAAAAUGCUAUUAUUUCAAUAAUUAGAAACUAAUCUCGUGCAUUUUUUGCUCGUUUUGAACAAAAUUUUCUGUUUUCACAUAAAUUAAAAAUUGUUUUACGUUUUUAUAAUCUUCUUUGAUCAAAUUUUCCUUGUGAAUAUUCUUCUAUGAUUUUAUAUUUUCCUCUAGCCAUACUCUCCACAAACACUCUCUCCACACAAAUUGCAUGUGCAAGACGUUGAUUUCAUUUCUAAAAUACACGAUAAGUGAUUCCUCAAUUUACACACCACGAUCAUCUGGAAAUAAAAUAUUUACAUAAA